AUGCGCCUCACACACCUCCUCCCCCUCCUAACCGCCACCACCACCACCCUCGCCGCCCCCCUCCCCCAAGACAUCGCCCUCCUAGGCAUGUGCGUCACCGGCCGACGCGGCCCGGACGGCCACAAAACCUGCCACGACGGACCAGGCCUCUUCACCUCGCUCUUCGCCUCGGGCCCCGGCGCCGCCGCCGCCAACGCCGCAGGAGGAGGCGGUCGUUCUCGAGGCAUGCUCCGCCGCCGCGGCGAGGAAGCCGCCGAGCUGGGCAUCGGAGGGCUCUUGGGGAACCUCCCGGUUUUGAGUUCGUUGUUCGGGAUGGGGGAUCAGUCGAAGAAGACGCCUUCUGCUGGCACUGGCACCUCGCCUUCUUCUUCUUCUGGUGGUGGUGGUGGGGGCGGGUUGGGGGGUUUGGGACUGAAGAAGGAGAGACGAGGCGAGGAAGCCGGGAUUGGGGAUUUGUUUUCGAGCUUGCCGCUUGUGGGGAGUUUGCUUGGGGGCGGGAAGCCGAAGAAUAGUCCUUCGACGCCGAGUCCGCAGAUGAAUGCUGUGCCUGGGGCUGUGCCGGGGCAGAUGGGUGGGAGUGGGGCGGGGGCGGGGGCGGGGAUGACGAAUGGGAGGAAGCAGCAUCUUGGGGGGAUGAUUGGGAUUUAA